AUUCGGCCUGGGCUGGGCUGCGGAGCGAUUGGGCCGCCUAUGCAUGACGUAGUCCUCAGCCGGAAGAUGGCGGGUGCUGGAGCUGAUUUGCGAGGUCACUUCAGGGCUGGCGUCCGCGCAGCCCUGGAGGCCUGGCCGGCUUUGCAGAUUGCUGUGGAGAAUGGCUUCGGGGGCGUGCACAGCCAGGAGAAGGCCGAGUGGCUGGGGCAUGCAGUAGAGGAGUACUUCUUCCGCAAUGGCCAGCAUUUGCCAAAAUGCAUGCUAUGGAAGACUAGUUCUGUUAAAUGUUCAGUGAAGAAAAAGCUUCUCCAGCCAAAUUAUCUUUCUAUGGAUAGCUUCCCUACAAACCCAGCGAGACAAUUAUUUCUUGAACGAUAUGAAACAGCGCAGUAGCUGACUUGGAGCUAGAUGAGGUGGAGGACUUCCUCGGGGAGCUCAUGACGAACGAGUUUGAUACAGUUGUAGAGGAUGGGAGUCUGCCCCAGGUGAGCCAACAGCUCCAGACCAUGUUCCAUCACUUCCAGAGGGGUGAUGGGGCAGCUUUGAAGGAGAUGGUCUCGUGCAUCACCCAGAGAAAGUGCAGGGUCAGAGCCACUGCACUUAAGACAGCCAGAGAGAUGGAUGAGACUGAUGCGGACAGUGUGGAAGAGAUGGAGGUCACAGCUACGAAUGAUGGGGCAGUUACAGAUGGGUUCUGUCCCCAGCCUGAAUACUCUGGUUCAGACUUCCAGACUAUUAAAGAAGAGGAUAUAGUGGAGGAUGGCUGGACUAUUGUUCGCAGAAAGAAAUGAGUGGGGCUGGAAACAGUUUGAGCUCUUGUUUGCUAGUUGUUUUGAGACUUGUUUGUGGGGUUUUUUUGGAGGGCUGUGGGCCUCUGAACUGUUACCCCAUUUCUACCCUCUCUCCAGUCCCCUAUCCAGCUCCCUCUAGGGGAAGAAGAGCACUAGGGUCUUUAUCUUGGGGUUGUGGGACCUGGUUCACCAAACCCCCUUGGGCCUUAAGUUACUGUCUAAGUAAUGAGGCCUGGUUUCCCAGUACAGUGCCCCUUUGGUGCAGUUAGUGUGAGGAGAGAAGAUAAGUGGCUGGAGAAUCUAAAUGUUUGACAGUGAGCAGGUAGACUUGGGGAGGGAGAGAACCAACAGGAGAAUCAAUAGUGCUGCAUCAGGGAUGGUGAGAUGAACAUGCAAAUGAGACAGAUGAGUUGAUAUGAACAAAAGUAGCUGUGGUACCUCUCUCUUCUCCCUACACCCUAUACACACACAGUGCAGUUCUGAACCCCUGCCCAGAAAUUGCAACCUCCCAGGAAUGCUGCCAUUCUGCAGCCCAGCCUCCAGCCCUGGGUUCCUUCAGGAAGUCUAAGACCUUGGUGAGCCUGGGGGACCAGUCUUUUGUUUUCCGUCUCCUCCAACCUCUUUUCCAGUCUCUACAUCCUACCCCAUCCAUCUCCAGGGAUGAGGCUUAAGACCUCAAAUAAUAUCUUACUGUCUAAUCUGUGGCUUGACCUGCCUUCUGAGAGCUGAGCUUCAGAGCUCAGCAUGGGAGCAAUUUCUGGGCCCAUCCUAGCAGCCCGGUACUCUGGAGUGACAAACAGAUGGACAAAUAGAGCACAGCGCUCUGAAAAGUUUCCAUAAGCCCGAAAUAAACUGUAUUUUUCUUUAAAAAACAAAA